AUGACAAAAUCUAUUGAAGCUCUUCUAAAAGACACCGAGUUCGACCCUUCUCUCGUCGAACGUAUUGGCUACCGCAAGUAUAAACUGCCAAUCGCAAUCGUCGAGCCAGACCCUUCAUGGCCAGAGCAUUUCGCCCGCGUUAAAGCCCGCAUCGAGUCUGCCCUAGGCGACACGGCCGUUUCAAUCGACCAUGUCGGCUCCACGAGUGUCCCUGGUCUACCAGCCAAAGCAGUCAUCGACAUCGAUCUGACCGUCCAGGACGUCAACGAUGAAGCAUCCUAUGUAUCGGCGCUUGGAGAAGCUGGUUUCGACUUCAUGCUGAGAGAGCCUCAUUGGCAUGGACAUCGCUUCUUUUGCGAUUACGAGCCUGUAUCGACGAACUUGCACGUCUGGGGACCUGGAUCGCCUGAGGCGGAGCGGCACAAAAUCUUCACUAAUUGGCUGAGGCGUAAUGAAGACGAUCGCAAGUUGUAUGCUGAGGUGAAGAGAGAAUCAGCUGAGCUGAGUGUUGAGAAAGGCGAAGGCCUGCAGGGUUACAAUGACCGGAAGCAGGAUGUGAUCCGCGAGAUCUUGAAGAGGGCUUUCAAGGAUCUGGGGUACGUGUAA